GCCUCGCCCUGCUCUGCUGUUCUCUUGGUCAUGGGAACAAGAUGGACACCUGGACCUUCCCUGCUUAUGCUCCUCUGUUAUGGGCAGCUCUUGCCAUGGCUCAGGGUCAAGAGUGAUCACAGCACAGGUGACUUCUACAAUGAGACCGAAGCAAGGAUAUUCCUUCAGCUUUAUGACCAAACAGCCCAGGUUGUGAUGAACCAGUUCAUGGAGGCUACUUGGAACUAUGUCACCAACAUCACCACGAAAAAUCAGGAGGAGAUGCUGCACAAGGACGUGGAGAGAUCCAAGUUCAUGGUGUACUUUGGCACCCGGGCCCGCCUGUUUAAGAUUGCCCAGAUCGAGGACCCGGCCGUGAAGCGCAUGCUGAGUAAGCUGCAGGACAUAGGCAAGGCGGCCUUGCCCAAGGACGAGCUCCGGGAGGUGAUGGACGGAGCCCCCCGGGAGGUGAUGGACGGAGCCCCCUGGCCUCCAGGCACUCGUUCCCCCGCCCCAGAGUACAACAAGCUUCUGGCCUACAUGGAGACAACGUACAGUAUGGCCCAGGUGUGCCUGAAUGAGGGGCCCUGCCUGCCUCUGGAGCCUGACCUCGAAGAAGUCAUGGCCACCUCCAGGGACAGGAAGGAGCUGGUGUGGGCCUGGCAGGGCUGGCGGGAUGCCGUGGGCCGCGAGAUCCGCACCACCUUUGAGCAAUACGUGGAGCUCAGCAACAAGGCAGCGCAGCUCAAUGGUUACAAAGACAUGGGGGCCUUGUGGCGCUCCGAGUAUGAGUCUGACACCCUUGAGGAAGACCUGGAGCAGCUCUAUGAGGAGCUGCGGCCGCUCUACCUGAACCUGCACGCCUACGUGCGCCGGGCCCUGCACCGCCACUACGGGCCCAACGUCAUCGACCUGAGGGGGCCCAUCCCCGCCCACCUCCUGGGGAACAUGUGGGCCCAGUCCUGGGUCAACAUCUUAGACCUGGUCCUGCCCUUCCCGAAGAAGACCCCCGAGGACAUCACGAAGAUCAUGAAAGGCCAGCACUGGAGGCCAGAGAAAAUGUAUCAAGAGGCUGAAAAAUUCUUCACUUCCUUGGGGCUGCUGCCCGCCCCACCCGAUUUCUGGAGAAACUCGAUGCUGGAGAGGCCAACAGAUGGGCGGGAAGUGGAGUGCCAAGCCUCUGCCUGGAACUUCUACAAAGGCGACGACUUCAGGAUAAAGAAGUGCACCGAGGUGACCAUAGAAGACCUGCUCUCCAUCUUCCACCAGAUGGGCCACAUCCAGUACUUCCUGCAGUAUAAGAACCUCUCUGUCAUCUUCCGCGCAGGAGCCAACCCAGCCUUUGAAGAGGCCGUGGGGUCGGUGAUCACCCUCUCGGCCUCCUCCCACAAGCACCUGCUCAACAGAGGCCUGCUCAGCCUCCAGCACCAGGACGCAGAGGAGGAGGUCAACUUCCUGAUGAGCAUCGCCCUGGAGAAGAUUGCCUUCAUCCCCUUCAGCUACAUCAUGGAUCUGUUUCGCUGGAAGGUCUUCGACGGCACCAUCCACAAGGAUCUCUACAACCAGGAGUGGUGGAACCUAAGGUUGAGGUACCAGGGCCUCUGCCCCCCCAUUCCUCGCUCAGAGGAGGACUUUGAUCCAGGUGCCAAGUUCCACAUUUCCGCCAGUGUGCCCUACAUACGGUACUUCCUCAGCCUAGUGCUCCAGUUCCAGUUCCACGAAGCGCUGUGCACAGCCUCCGGCCACACGGGCCCACUGCACCGGUGUGACAUCUAUAACUCCAAGAUAGCUGGGCAACUCCUGGGGGAUGCCCUAAAGCUGGGCUCGAGCAAGCCCUGGCCAGAGGUCCUACAGAAGCUGACCGGGCAGUCCAGCGUGUCUACAAAGGCCCUCAAGACGUACUUCAAACCCCUGCUAAACUGGCUGGUGACUGAGAACGUGCAGCAAGGGGAGAUCCUGGGCUGGCCAGACUUCAGCUGUUCCUUUGAAGAAAAAGACACAAACCAAGUGACAUUCCUGAAUCUGCGGCUGACCCCUGACCUGGCCAAGUUUGGUCAGUGGCUGCUGCUGAUCCUGAGCUUUGUCCUGUUCAUGGUAGCGCUGUGGCUGGCCUACAGGCUGUACUUAGUGGAAAAACAGUUACAAGCCCAAGACGACAUGCUAUUCAGCUCACUGUUCACUGCCUACUUCCUGGGCAUGACCAUGGAGCCCCAGCAGGUUGCCAAAAGACAGUGGCUACUGCUGGGCCUCUGCCUUGUCCUGAUAGUGUGCUCAAUCACCCUGACCAUUUGGAUUUUCACACAUCGUGGCGAGAAGCCUCCAUGGAUGAGCACUGACUGGUGGAACUGGUACUAAACACCAUUGAGACCGCCAGCCUGCCCCCUCACAUACAGGGGCAGCCAGGACACCUCUGCCCCCCAGGAGGCCACACUCGCAGCCCUCCCAUUCCCCAGCCACAGUGGCCAACGAGGACCCCUCCUGCAUUGUGGCUCUGCGUGGCAAAGGCACACCAAGCCCAGGACUCCAAGCCUCUCUCCAGGACUCCAGUGAAAACCUCAUUGAGCCUCCCUGUCCAUCCUCCCUCCCUCACCCACUAUUGUAAAGUUUAUUUCACCAGAAUAUUUCCUUCACGUCUAACUGCUUAAGAACUUGGUUGUUCAUCAAUUAAAUCUAGAUGUUCAAAAUGA